AAACGAGUGAUUCUAUAAAUAAGUCAUCAUCUCGUUCGAGCUAUGCACGCAAUUAGCAAAAGUACUUAGCAAUACGACAGGGCUCCUGAAAAAGAGGGAUAUUCCUCAGCCAGCAGCACUGCAGAGUAUAUUUAUAAUUGCUCAGUGCGUUUUAGGCAACAGACGUAAUCGAUGCAAGAAUUUGGCGAAAAUAUUCAGCAUGCUCACGAUGAGAAGUUGGGCAGGCAUCUGGUGGCUAGUAUAGCCAUCGAACCGGGAGAUACCAUAUUGGAGGAGCGACCCUUGCUGGUAGCUCCACACUGGGAAUGCCAUCAGCUGAAGUGCGCGCAAUGCCUUCAGGAAUCCUAUGUGAUAUGCCGAAGGUGUCAGGUAUUUCCCCUGUGCAUGGACUGCAACCAGCAUGAUGAAUUCGAGUGUGAGUUUUUCACCAGCGGAGCAGGAAAAGCCCUCUGCAAGGAUAUUCUUGUGAAGAACUUUGGCAUAUGUGGACUCCUAAAGCUCCUUCUUCUGCUAGAGAAUCCUCGUACAAAAGGCGAUUGCCAAAUGCUCAUCGAUGUUCCUAUAAAUCUGAGUGAUUACCGCGACGGAGAAGGAAUGUGGCAAGAGCACGAGGAGCUAGUGGUGCGUCCACUAAUGGAGAGUGGCCUAGCGGAUGUUCUACCCACUCAGGAGCUAACUUCGGAUGCACUUCACGCCCAUUGCAUACGUAUCGACAGUAAUUCCUUCGAGGUGACCGCAAAGGAUGGUGAUACCUUGAAGGGAAUUUUUGUUUGGGGUGCUACUUUACCGCACCACUGCGUUCCAAACACGGUGGUGGCCUUGGAUGAACAGUUCAACAUGAAGCUAUAUGCGGCGGUUCCCCUGCAGCCUGGCGACAUCAUCUACAACUCGUACACCAAUCCUCUGAUGGGCACCAGUCAGAGACAACACCAACUGCGUCUAAGUAGAAGACUGGAGUGUAUCUGCUCGCGCUGUCUGGAUCCGACCGAGAUGGGCACCCACAUGAGCAGCCUGAAGUGCAAGGAGUGCCCCGGAUUUUCAGUUUGCGAGAUUGAUUCAAAUGGAAAACUUGGAGACUGGCGCUGCCCGGAUUGUAGAGCCCUGUUAACCGCUGCCGAGGUCCACGAACUACAGGCUGCAGUGGGAUCGGCCUUAGUAGACGCCAUGGGUGACCUGCAGGUAUACGAAGCUCUACUGACCCAGUACGGGCCACUGCUCCAUCCCAAUCAUUUCAUGCUGCUGGACAUCAAGCAGAACAUUGCCAGUAUUCUGCGAGCGGCUGCUUUAAUGAACUCCAUGGACCAGCCGUGCAAGAAACUUCUCGCCCGCCGGGUGGAACUCUGCUCCGACUUACUGCCCGUCUGUCGGGCUGUGGUUCCAGGCAUCUCCAAGCUGUAUGCCAUUGGUCUGUUUGAGUACUUGCUGGCCUUGGUGGAGCUGGUGGAAUUGCAAUUUGCCGAAAGUGAUCUGAGCAAAAAAGAAUAUGUGGCUCAUUUAAGGACCGCGAGUCUGGUGGCCACGGAAGCAAUGGACCUACUUCGCUUUGAGCCAGAAAACUCGGCAGAAGGCUAUCUUGCAGACCGGAUUUCAAUGGAGCUGGAGCGGAUUGAGUCCGAUUUGAAGAAAUACGGCAGAUAAUAUCCCCAUUUUGGGUACAUAUCUUAUAUCCACUUUGUGGCCCUGCUCCGGCAAUUUUUAGUCUAAAACAAAUUUGAUUAGUCGAAGGGAAGCGAACACAAUGCGCUCCCUUCAGUUGUUGCCACUUUUACAUUGUGUACCGGCGACAUGGUUCAACGUAUGGCUGGGUGGGGGGAAUCAUUGACCAAGAAAUAAAUAAAGAAUUGUCGUUCAAUU